UCAGGUUGCCUCUGCGUGUCCUGGUUACAUGUCCUCCACUGGUUUGGCUGUUUUACCAGUUUAGAGUUUCACUCUUAUCAGCUGGCUCACAUGUCCGGCUGCUGACUAUGUCUGCACUCCCAGAGGUCCUCUCACUGGGGAAAAGCAACAAACAGAGGGAGGAUCAGUUUAUCUGUAGAAAAAUCUUAUCAGGACCAUUGGCGGGGAGGAAACACUCCUGAUGAGGAAAUAGAGCACGCUGUGCAGGGUUUCCAACUCUGCCAAAUACCUCUCCUGUCACUUGAUAGAUAUGUUUAGAAACCACAUAGAACAUCAGUUUGAAGCUUUGAUUCAGUUUUCUAUAAGUGUUUGUCCAUGCAUCUAUCUGCCAGUCUUGCAUUGUGUCUGAGAAAAAACAAAGAACAAGAGUGUGUGUCAGAGAAAGCAACCGAGAGUCUUUAACUUGUAUUGAUUUGCAGCAGACUUGUCGACCGUGCUCCAGAGAGUAGAUUUUGCAGCUAACAUGGACUGCUCUUGCUUUCUCCUCCUCCCACGCUUCCUCUUAUUCUAUCCUUCUCCAGAAUGUCUUUGCCCAACUCAGAGAAUGCCUCCACCCUGGAGAACGCCAUGCAGCUCAUGAUCCAGACCUUCCACAAGUACUCUGGAAACGAGGGCGACAAAUACACACUGAGCAGGGCUGAGCUCAAGGAGAUGCUUACCGCAGAGCUCGGCAAUUACCUGGGGAAUGCUCAGGAUAAGGAGGCAGUGGAUAAGGUGAUGGGAGACCUGGAUUCCAACAAUGACGGAGAGGUAGAUUUCACCGAGUUCAUUAUACUGGUCGGAGCGCUUACUGUGGCCUGUAACGACUUCUUCCUGGAGUACAACGACAAGCCAGAGAAGAAGAAGUGAGUGCUCUCUCAGCACAAAGACAUCCACUCUGCAAACCCACACACGCUCCAGGGAGGAAACAGUUAAGACAGGAGAGAAGACCUGUGAGGGACAUCCUGUUAUGGACUUCACGUGCACAAAUACACAUAUACAGGUCUAAUUGUCACUUGAGCAGUAAAUGUUUGGUGUUUGUGUAUUUGUGUCCGCAAUGUCCAAUCAAUCCACUACAAACUGUAUUUAAUGCUAUGUAAAAAUAUGGAGAGUUUAAAUCAGUUUCAACACCUGUCAUUCAUUGUUGAAUAUGUGAAUGUAUCUCUAUUCCUUUUUCUUUUCAUGUAUUUUGUAACACAUUCAAGCAAAGGAAUUUCUCCCUGGAAAGAAUAAA